GGGUUCGGCUUCGUAACCUUCGAGAACGAGGACGUGGUGGAGAAAGUCUGUGAAAUUCAUUUUCAUGAAAUCAAUAAUAAAAUGGUAGAAUGUAAGAAGGCCCAGCCGAAGGAGGUGAUGUUCCCCCCCGGGACCCGAGGCCGGGCGCGGGGCCUGCCCUACACCAUGGACGCCUUCAUGCUGGGGAUGGGCAUGCUCAGUUACCCAAACAUCGUGGCAACGUACGGUCGUGGAUACACUGGAUUUGCCCCAAGCUACAGCUACCAGUUUCCUGGUUUCCCGGCAACGGCGUACGGUCCUGUGGCAGCGGCGGCGGUAGCAGCGGCCAGGGGUUCAGGGUUCCCCGAAUACGGUUUCUAUACCGCACCCAGUGACCACCGGGGGGCGCCCUGCUCCUUUGCGGACUAUGGGUCCCCGCUGUGUCCCCAGGCCCCCGAGAUGCUGCAGCACGGUGAGCAUGCCACGCCCACCUGCGCCCCCCCACUGCAGCCCCCGCGCAGUCCGGAGCAGUAUAAGAGCCCAGGCACCAACCCGCCCCGCCCCGGCGGUUUCCCCGGCGCCAGCAGCCCGGGGCCCGUGGCAGACCUCUACGGAACCGCCAGUCAGGACUCAGCCGUGGGGAACUACAUCAGCGCGGCCAGCCCCCAGCCAGGUUCCGGGUUCGGACACAGCAUCGCCAGUAUAUCAGGAGGCCCGGGGAAGACUGGCCGAAGUUUCUGAUUGGUUCUCUGUACAGGUGAUGUCAUCAAACAGUUCAAGCACUUGCAGCGCCACUGGCGGAAGGGAGGUGGCGCUAGAUUUUAUAACGAAGGGAAAAAAAUUCUUGAAAUCAUCUCAAAAAAAGGAAACCAAGGACUAGGACAACACGAAGCAAACUGAAGAGAAAUCUGCUGUACUAUAAUCUGAACCUGGCUUUUAAACCCCUCUCAAUCCUUCCAGAGCCCCGGAGGUUUGUGUCGGAUUUAGUCCUUUUGUUUUUGUUUCCCUCGACCUUUAUCACGUGGUUUCUUUGUUCAUGUUUAGAUCUUUGAUUAGCAAUACGGGAAACUUUUCCGAUGUUGAGCAUUAUUUAUUGUGUUUAUCUUUUUCUCUGAUAGAAGUGAGUAUACAUUAAAAGUUUUUUUUUUGUUUGUUUGUUUUUUUUUCUUUCAUUUGGAGUUUUUUUAUGGUUAUUGAUUUACCUGUGGUACUGGUCCUUAAACAAGUCGAUCUUCAGGUGUCUUGUUGCGCACACGGAAAAACUGAUACAAACUGACAGGGCUUGAAAAAGAAAAGGGUAUAUUUUAGAAAAAAAGAGGGUAAAUAGUCUUUGCGAAUCAAUUCUUGUUUCUUGUUCUAUCUUUUAACAUAAUUACCUGUUUUGGGCAGGACUACUGUAUUUUCUGUCCUUUUAUUGUGGAGGGGAAACCUUUUUUGUUAUUCUUCUUUUGAACUUGUGUCUUCAAAUCUAUGAAUAUUCCAGUUACUGCAUAUAUAACCAAUUCAGAAAGCGGUACCAUAUAUAUAUAUAUAUAUUUUUUUUUUUGUUUUUUUUUGUGGUGCGUCAAAAAAAAUCGACUGAGCUGUGCUGGAAAGGAAAGACCGAAAAAAAGAUCGACUGUCGAUGCACUGAACAGCAAACGAGACCCAUUUGUAGCACAACAGGCAUGCCGUUGCCCCCACGGAGGGCGAGAACCUGCAAGAACACUGUUAGCUCUGUACAUAGCGUAGGCUUAGCAUCAGUAACGGCGACACGCCAGCGUAUUCUACCCGAUAGGCUGCGAAUCCGGACGCGCGCGGCUUCAGAUAAGAGCAGACGGCUUCAGUUUGUGCUGAGUUAAGGGGGAUGACGUUUGCUCCACGCUGUGGAGGAGGCCUCACUCCCUGCCGUUACACAAAUCAAUAAUGUAAAAAGGAAAACAACAACAACAACAACAAAAAAAACGUCCAAAGCACACUCGCAUUUUAUCGUUUUUGAAAUACAACGCUGAAUCCUGUCGAGUCAUUUCACACAGUUCUGUGCAUCCUAAUAUGACUUUUAUACUCCAGCAAGAAAAACAAAUGGAACUUUUGUUUGUUCAUUUCAAGGUUUAUUGUUUUUGUUUUUUUUGUUGCAAAAUUCCCAGUUUCAGAGCGUAAAAGGCAAUAUGUGAAAAGGCAAGUUUUAUUUUUCUUGGUAGGUUUGGAGUUCUUUUUUUUUAAAUAUUAAUUUGGAAAGCAAACAUUUUUAUACUGUUACCUCAGUCCUGUGAGUUGUUACUUUAGAAGCAUUGACAGAUUAAUUUAUUUUAGUCAUAGAGUAAAAUUAUGGAUAUAAUAAUCGAAUAAAGGAAAUCAUUGCACUGUGACUAGUCAGAAAGACCUGACCAUUGUCCAUUUGCACACAUGGUUAUAUUGAAUGGUCUAUUAUGGGCUGUAUGAAGGAUUGUAUUUAAUCUUGCUUCUGUUUCAGUACAAGCAAAUAACUAGCAGCAGAAUUAGCUCAUUCGAGUGUAGCAAACUAAAUCAUUAUCUCAUGUAGACAACUGGGGCCUUUCGGUGUAUGAGUGGCAACUUCUAGCAUUUCAAAAAUAAUAUAUAAUAUAUACCAUAAUGUUGGUAUUUUAGAUGCAGCCAAUAGAAUUGAAUACACUGAAUACAAUGUACAUUACAUUGACCAUAGCUGCUGUGCUUUUUACCUGUAUGUGUUGGGACUGGAGAAGCUCCUAAACAAAUACCAUUUCAGAUGCUUUAAAAAAAAAAAAAAACUGCAGGAUCAUUUUUGAAGAUGACGGAUUGUUUGAUGCAUAUGCUGUGGUUUUGUUUUUGUUUUAGGUUUUUGUUUCGUUCUUACCUGCUGCGGAUUUAUAUUCCGUUCCGUUUGUGUUUUAUCCUGUUCAGAACAACCAGGUGAAGCAAAAUGCUGGACGCUUUUUAAAUAGUCUUCAUCAAGUAAUAAUCUCAACGAAUGACACAAAAGGAAAACUAUAUUCACUGUUCAAAUUCCAAAAGGAAAAAAAAAAAACUAGUUAAAAAAAGUAAGAAAUACAUAUUCCCUUGAUGUAUUUCAAUUUUCAACCAGGGGAUUUUUAUUGACCUUUUUUUGUGGUUGUUAAUAAUAUUGAUAAUUAUAACAAUAAUAUAAUGUACUGUACCAUCGAUCUCUCUCCAUUCCCUUCCUCAUAUAAUAACAUUUUGUUGAUCAUCAGUGUAUUUCGGUAGUGUGUAUAAAUCGCAAAUGACCUUGUAAUUGAGUGCCGUCUUAUGCUGGUGUAGUGAUCUAUACUCUUUGUUGCUCUCUUUCCCCCCCUUGUCUCUCCCCCUCUCUCUCCCUCUCUAUCUAUCUAUCAAUCUAUCUAUCUCCUAGUAAUUAGUAGUAGAUGUUUUGUAAUAAACACUAAGAAUAGAUGUAGUUAAUAGCAUAUUUAGGACCAUUAAGGAUAGAACUUUCUCUUAUUAUUAAGCAAAAAAAUUGACUGAUUUUUUUUUUAAUAGCAGUUUGAUAAUUUUUCCUUUCUUUUAUUUUAUUUGUUUCGCUGCUCUCACAUGGUUUCAACUAACCAAAGCUCUCACAGAAGAAAUAUAGAAAAGCAAAUUGCUGUAAGACAGAAUAUUUAACGAGGCAUUAAUCGGAUUCCCCCCCUUGAAUGUUUAAGAAGGGGGUGUGCCAUACUACCUUAAAAGCUAAUGCUAGAUAUGCAAAACUUUUAUUUUUAAUUAUUUUUUUAAAGAGGGACACAAGCUAUAAUUAUGAAAAAGAUGAUUUUAUUACAUGAAAGAAAAAUAUUUUUUUAACAAGUUAUAACAGAUUAAUAAUAACAUUAAUCGUAAUAAUAGUAAUAAUACUCGUAAUAGAUAUUAAUAAUAACUGUAUAAUAUGUUUUGAUGUUUGUACUCUUAAAAUAUCUCAGUGGUUCAUGGCUCUACUAUUUUGGAUACUAAUGUUUUUUUGUUUUUUUUCGUUUUUUUUAUUAAUGUGUCUGCCUAGAUUCACUAAUAAUUACAUUUUCUCUCAUCAAAAACAUUUGAGGAUUUUGUGAAUACAUUUUUUUUUACACUCUUGAACUAAGUGAACCAGCUCUUUAUCUUAAUCAAUACCCGGGUUGUACCCGACAAGUUAGCCGAUUGUUUUGGUGUUUGUUUUCGUCUUUGGUCUCCCGCACCGGAUCAGUUGUGAGUAGUGGAAACCCGCCUUUGAUCCUUCCGGAGCUCCGCAGUCGGUGAAGUCUUAUUUUGAUUAUCGUCGCCUUUGGUUAUCGUGAUUCCUAAUUAGCAGCCUAGACGCCGGCCUUGGGCGGGGUCUCGGUGAUGAGUCUGCUGCCGUGAGAUCCUAAUUUGGGAUUUGAGAUCGGGAUUUUUAGCCGUUGUGGGUUUUAGAGUAAGUCGUAUUUGGAGUCUUGCGGAGAGUCAGGGUGUAGACCACAGCCCGCGCGCAGUAACCUGUGGAGGAGGAGGAGGCCGGAAGGCUCGGCUGGCCUGCUGAGUUGAAUGCUGAGGUAGGAUGCGAUGGCCUCGCAGGUGACAUACGCUUUCUCUGUGGCGGACCUGCGUACCCUUCCCGAAACGCCUCGUCCGUCUCUCUGUUCUUCCGUAGUGGCCUGCGUUAGGAAGGUGGGGUUGCGUCUAAUUAUAUUUCAGUCCAGCAAUUGAAAAAUGCAGGAAAAGGUAUUUUUUCAAUUCAUGAAAUGUAUUUCAGCUGAAAUACUUUUUAGUACAACACAGUUCAGAUGGAAUUGGCUUCAGCUGUUUUUGAGGUACUUUGUAAGAGCGUAAUCAUGAGCGAGGGAGAGUUUCGAUAGAGUUUAGCUGCAGAACUUCUUUUGAUUGAUAAAAUAAAAAAGGAGCCCAUAAAAAGGGAUCUCGGACUCCAGUCCUGGAGUUUUUAGGCGGUUUUACCUGUCCCAGCUCUUAAGUGCUUCAUUUCAGUCAUUAUUUGGCUUGAUCUAAGUUGCUACCAAUUAAAAAAAUAAUAAUAAUAACCUGCAGACGCUGUGGCCCUCCAGGACUGAAGCUGGAGAUCCCCUCAUUACGGAGUUCAUGAAUACUCGCUCAUAACUGUUCAUUACAGUGGAUUGGUGAUUACUCUCUAUGGUUGAUGAGGAUAAGGAGGAAGUUUAUUCUCUGUGCGUGUACACUGUUUCUGAUGCUUUUCUUAUUGUCAGACAGUGUAUUUCUCUAAAAGGAUUUGUUAGUUGUUGGCCUGUGAGUAGACGAGUUGUAUGCUAGCAGUUUGUAAGAGUCAAAGGUUGGUGCCCUUGGUAAAUCUUCCAUACCAAGUUUGGUUCUGAUUAAUCUAAAGGCUGGUGAUCUCUUCAAGCAGUCCAAACUUUAUAGAUUUGUUUUAUUUUAUUUUUUAUUAAUUUGAUCCUGUAGCUUGGACUUUAAGGUAGCAUGGCUCUGUUGCUGUAAUUAUUAUUAUUAUUAUUAUUAUUAUUAUUAUUUUUCCAUUGUACAGCGGUUUACAGCUGAUGAAUGUCACACAUCUUGCUAGACUAGUUAAUUCAUUUGGAAUUGUUGGUUUAAAUAAAGUUUUUUAAAAAAGAAAAAAAAAAACGACCUGGAAGGUGUGGGGCGAAAUUGGGAGUGUCCUACCGUAACCGUAUCCAUUUAAA